CCUUGGUUCUUCACUCUCAGCUUCCAGCUCUUUUCAAGCCUGUGACACUUUUGCCUUUGAUUGAUCAGCCAAAAUUUCUCAACGAUGGAUCAUCUAAUGAGACGUCAGAACUCCCAACAUGGGUUCACCAGUUUCAGUGUCAGUGGUGGGGCUGGGGGUCAUGGCACCAGGAUCUCCACAAGACUUGGUGGCAACUUAGGUGGGGGGUUUAACUACCAAACUGGGACAACCAGUGGAACCAUGGUAGCUGGAAAUGAGAAGAUUGCCAUGCAGAAUCUGAAUGACCGUCUUGCCAGCUAUCUGGAGACAGUCAGGAAUCUAGAGAAGGUCAACAAAUCCUUGGAGAUCAAGAUCAGGGAGACCAUCGAGAAGAGAGGCCCGGUAGAAGGAAGGGACUACAGCAAAUACGAAGUCAUCAUUGCCGAACUCAGAGCCAAGAUUGCUGACAUGAUCAAAGGAAACGCCCAUCUUGCAAUUGCUGUUGACAACGCCCGACUGGCCUCAGAUGACUUCAGAGUCAAGAUGGAGUAUGAGCUGUCCAUGCGACAGGCUGUGGAGGCUGAUGUUGCCAGACUUAGGAAGGUUCUUGAUGACACUAAUGUCAUACGCCUGCAUCUGGAAGGGGACAUUGAGUCUCUAAAGGAAGAACUGAUCACCCUGAAGAAGAACCAUGAGGCGGAUGUUGCUGAAUUGCGAGCCCAGAUUGCGCAGGCUGGUGUCCGUGUGGAUGUUGAUGCUCCAAAGGGCCAGGACCUGGCAAGGAUCAUGGAGGAAAUGAGGGAGAAGUAUGAGAGGAUAGCACUUAAGAACCAAGAAGAACUCAAAGCAUGGCAUGAAUCUCAGAUCACAGAGGUGCAAGUCCAGGUUACUGAGAACACAACAGCAUUGAAGGAAGCCACAACUGUAGUGACUGAAACCAGGAGGAGACAGCAAGCCUUGGAAAUUGAACUCCAGUCCGCGCUCAGCCUGAAAGCGUCCCUGGAGGCCACCUUGCGUGACCUUGAGAUGCGGUACAAUCAGGAGGUGGAGAAGUACAAUCUGAUUAUUUUAAGGCUACAAGAACAGCUAACUCAGAUCCGCAAUGACAUCCAAGAAAACUCAAGAGAGUAUGAAAACCUGCUGAACAUCAAGGUGAAGCUGGAGGCUGAGAUCGCAGAGUACAGGAGGCUGCUGGACGGAGGGGGUGACUUACAACUGGAGGAUGCCUUUGAUUCAAAGAAGGUCCAGACCAAAGUGGUGACAGUCACUCAGACCUUGGUGGACGGGAAACUGGUGGCAGAAAGCAAGGAUGUUAAGUCCAGCGAGCAAACUUUGUAAAGCAUAUAUAAUGACAAAAUUAAAACUCAGAACAAAAAAUUGAAAA